AUGGAAUACUAUACACCUGAGUACAUCAUAUCCUUGAACAAUGCUAUGAAGGUGAAGGAACCAGUGAGUUACAAACAUGCAAGUAAAGAAGUAGGAUGGACAUCAGCAAUGGUUGAAGAAUUGGAGGCACUGAAGAAAAAUGAAACAUGGGAAUGGGCUGAUUUACCUCCAGAUAAGAAGGCUCUAGAUAGCAAAUGGGUGUACAAAGUUAAGCAUACUAGAGAAGGUGAUGUUGAAAGACUGAAGGCUAGGUUAGUGACCAGGGGAGACAAGCAAGAGAAAGGAAAAGACUACAAAUGUACUUUCUCACAUGUGGCAAAGUUUGCCAUUGUGAGAAUACUCAUUUCUCUAGCUACUCUUAGAAACUGGCAGAUACAAUAG